AUGGUUGCCGCCCCCGAGCCCGCGCCCAGCGCCCACCCCGACACCAUCACCUUCACCGUCAACCCGCGCACGCUGUCCAUGGACGAGAAGGCCGCGCCAGCAACCUCCACCACCACCACCACUACCACCGCUGCCGCUGCUGUCCCCGCUGCUGCUGCGGCUCGCGGCUCUGAAGCCCCCGCCAACCCCGUCUCCGUGCGCGCGGUGGGCUCCCACGUCGCCGCCGCGCCGCUGGGCAUCACGCUGGUCCACGCGGCCGUCGCCGUCAGCAGCAUCGUCGCCGUGAUCCUGCUGGCCGUGGCCAUCAGCAAGGAGACCGGCAGCGACCGCCGCGGCUACUACAGCGGCCUGCCCUACGUGCCCAUCGCCACGGUCUGCCUCAGCGCGCUGUGGGCGCUCGUCGCGCUGGCCAUCACGCGGCUCGCCCGCUCGCGCCUGCACCCGGCCUUCUACGUCGCCUUCGACCUGCUGCUGUGGCUCUCGCUCAUCAGCAUCUCCGCCUGCCUGCUGGCCAUCAUCGGCGCCGUCGACGACUACGCCUGCCAGUACCCGAGCUCCUCGCGCCGCCGCCGCUGCUACGCCGAGUUCGCGCUCUCCUACCGCCUGCAGCUCGCCGCCAACGUGCUCGCCGUGCUCAGCGGAAUCGGCCAUUUUGGCAUCUUCGUCUGGGGCUGCAAGGCCGUGCACAGUCUCAACAGCCACGCCCGCUUCGAGGUCACCAUCAACGUGAAUGGCUUGACCGCCGCGCAGGCCGCCCAGCCGGCUCCUCUGCCUGCCCCCGGCGCACCUCCUCCCGCUGCUGCUGCUGCUGCUGCUGCUGCUCCGGCGCAUGUCAGCUACGCGUAA